CUUUAUUGUAUUUUCUCUAACUCAAGCUAUUUUGUACACAUAUUUCAAUGUCUUGGCAAGACUAUAUCGACAAAAACCUCAUUGGAAGUGGUAACAUGCACAGUAGCGCGAUUAUUGGACUUAAGGAUGGGUGUUACUGGGCUCAUGGAGGAACAUAUCUUCCACAGCCAGAAGAAAUCAAACAUAUACAAAGAUGCCUGGAGGAUUUGUCAUUGAUAAAUUCUUCUGGUAUUACAAUAAAUGGAGUCAAGUUCUUUGGGCUGCAAUCUGGAGUUGAUGGUGACACUCGGUUUAUUUUCUUUAAAAAGGGACCUGCUGGAGGUUGUAUUUAUACAACUAAACAGACAUUCAUUAUUGGUGUCUAUGGAAAUCCCACUGGAGUCAAUUCCCUUCAGGAAGAUCUUCAAGGCCAAAAAGCACAGGAAAAGGUAGUUAACCCGGCCUUAUGCAAUUCAUCUGUUAAAUUUAUUGUCAAAUAUCUGAUUAACUUGGGGUAUUAAGAUUCAAUCGAAACAUGCAAGUGCUUUCAUGUUAUUGUAUAUCAUUAUUUUAUAUAUCCACAUAUAUAUAAUUUAUCCGAUAUCAUUUAAUUAUUGAAUUAGAGUAAAGAAUUAUAUCAGAAAACAAA